AUGCAUGUACGUGGUUGGAACAGCAGGCCGGCAGUGCUCCUACAAACGGUUACUGCGUGUGCAGAUGGUACAAACGGAACGAAGCUUGCCCGUAUUAUCUUCGACAGCGGCAGUCAGCGCUCCUUCAUAACUGAAGAACUGUCUCAGCGACUAGACUGCAAAUUGCUGGGGACAGAGAUCCUCACAAUAGGGGUGUUCGGGGGCGAAAGCACUGAACAUACGUUUCGCAGGGUUCAAGUGACUUUGCGAGACCAACUCUACAACAAAAGAUAUGACAUCGACGCUCUCGAGACACCUACCGUAUGUGAGCAGGACCUUCCGAGCCCAGAUGAAGCCAUCGUGAAAACAUUAGAGGAACUCGGCUGUCCCGUGGGAGACAACAUGACCGGACUGGGAUCAGACCACUGCUGGGGGUGCAUCACAGGAAGAAUUCGCCGACUGAGCGGAUGCCUCACUGCAGUAGAAAUUGCAUUCGGUUGGGCGGUCCAGAGACGGACAGGCUCGGAAUCGACCAUCGUGAGUUGCUCCCAGGCGACCUUGCUAAUAGCAACACUGCAGGAUCUAGAAACCACAUCAGCUCUCCGGCAUUUCUGGGAGCUAGAAAGCGUGGGAGUUGCCGACCCGCCAGUAGAGGAUCCCUCGGACAGCGCCGUGAGACGAGAGUUCGAAGCCAACAUUACGAAGACCGCCAGUAGAUACGAAGUGGACCUUUCAUGGAAAUUGGACUUAAGGCUGGCAGACAACAUGGAGGUGGCAAGGAGGUUGGAGAAUCUACGUAAGAAGUUGACCAAAAAUCCCGAUCUCCUACAGAAGUAUGACGAAGCGAUUCGGCAAUACCAACACAACGACAUGGCGGAGAGGGUCUAUGAAGAAAAAGAGAACUAA